AUGAACCAGGCAGUUGACGCCCUCGCCGAACGGGCGAUACGCGAGCACUGGGACUUUUUGCCCACCUCCGGCAGCCGCAUCGGCCGCCAUGAAUACGACGGCCGACUGCCUGACUUCUCCGCCGGCCGGGUAUCACGCCGGGUCGAGGAGCUGCACCGGUCGCUGGGUCAGCUCUCUUCGCUGCCUGCGGACGACGCCCACGGUACGGACGCAGAGGCCAGGAUGGACCGCCUGUCGCGCAGCCUGCUGGACAUGUUUCUCCGGCGCGAGCUGUUCAACCUGGAGGAAAUGCGUACCCUGCAUAACAACCCGCAGCGCCAGGUCGGCUACCUCGGCGUCGGCAGCUACGUGCAGCGUGACUACGCGCCCCUGCCCGACCGGCUCCGGUCGGCUAUGCAGGUUCUCCGGCAGGCUCCGGAUUUCCUGGCCACGCUGGAAACUCUAACCGAACCCGAACUCGGUGAACCCGUGCGGGACAUGGCGGUCGAGGCCUACCGCGGGAUGGCGUCGUUCUAUCACACCGGCCUUGCGGCCGCGUCCACCGAGUGCGCCGCCAUCGCUCCCGACGUCGCCGCCGAGUUCGACGCGGCCCGCGAACUUGCCGCCGGCGCCGUGUCGGGGUUUGCCCAGCGGUUGCAGGACCGUCGAACACGCCCCGACUUCGCCAUCGGCUCCGAUCUGUACCGCCGAAUGCUGGAAGUCGGCGAGGGGGUGAACACCUCGCUUUCUGAUGUUCUGUCCAUCGGCCAGGCCAACCUGGAGCAGAACCUCCGCCGGCUGGACGAAGCCGCCGCGUUGGUGGCCCCGGGCAAGUCGGUGCGGGAAGCCGUCGCCCAGGUUUCCGUCAACCAUCCCACCGCAGAACGCCUGAUACCCGAGACCCGGGACAUGCUGGAGGACAUCCGCCAGGCCCUCAUCGACCACGACAUCAUCGGCGUUCCUUCGGAGGAGCGCUGCCAGGUCACCGAGACGCCCUCCUACAUGCGCUACGCCUUCGCCGCGAUGGAUUCGCCCGGUGGCCUCGAAGAGGUCGCCACCGAGGCGUUCUACUACGUCACGCCCGUGGAGCCUGACUGGACGCCGCGCCAGCAGGAGGAGUGGCUUACCAACUUCAACUAUCACACCCUGAAGAUCAUCAGCGUCCACGAGGUUUAUCCGGGCCACUACGUCCACAACCUGCACAACCGCCAUGGCGGAGGGCUGCCGCUGGUCAAUCGGGUCGCCACGUCCUACGCCUUCACCGAGGGCUGGGCCCACUACACCGAGGAGAUGAUGCUCGAAACCGAGUACGGACGCGACGACGCGGCCCUCUGGCUGACCCAGCUCCUCGAGGCCCUGGUCCGCAACUGCCGCUACCUCUGCUCGCUGGGCAUGCACACGCAGGGGAUGACCGUGGACGAGGCGACGCAGUUCUUUCAGGCCCAUGCCUACAUGGAGGAGCACCCGGCCCGUCGCGAGGCCCUGCGCGGCACCUUCGACCCGGGCUAUCUGAACUACACCCUGGGCAAACUGAUGCUGCUCAAGCUGCGGCAGGACUGGAGGCGGCAGGAAGGGUCAGCGUACAGCCUGCGCCGGUUCCACGACGCCGCGCUGUCCUGGGGCGCGCCGCCGGUGCCGCUGCUGCGCCAGGCGAUGCUCAACGAACCGGGAGCGGAGAUCCUCUAA